AAUGCAAUUUUUGUAGUCUUCUGAUACCAUAUUGCUGUCCUCUUGUAUAUAUACUCUGCUUCACUCUUCACUUCUCUUCAUCCUUCAUCUGCUCUCUCUUCUUUUUACCUUCUGAAUUCUCUCCCACUCUCGAAAGAUAUGGGUGACAUAUCAUACUCUAACAAUAGUGGUAUUAGCAAUGGAAAUAGCCAUGCAAAUGCUAUGCUAGUUCAGAGGAAGGGUUGUUGGUACGAAGAAGAGAUCGAAGAGAAUCUCAGGUGGUGCUUCGCUCUCAACAGUAUAUUGCAUACUGGAGCAUCUCAAUACCAGGAUAUUCAACUCCUGGACACAAAACCAUUCGGAAAGGCUCUCGUCAUUGAUGGGAAGCUUCAAAGUGCAGAGACUGAUGAAUUUAUUUACCAUGAAUGUCUUGUCCAUCCCGCACUUGUUCAUCACCAAAAUCCUACGAACGUAUUCAUCAUGGGAGGAGGCGAGGGUUCUACUGCAAGGGAACUACUUCGACACAAUACUAUAGCGAAGGUGGUCAUGUGUGAUAUUGAUCAGGAGGUGGUGGAUUUUUGCAAAUCUUACUUGGUUGUUAAUAGAGUGGCUUUCUGUGAUCCCAGACUUGAGCUCGUUAUCAAUGAUGCCAGGGCUGAGCUCGAGAGAAGAGAAGAAAGUUAUGAUGUGAUCAUAGGGGAUCUGGCAGACCCGAUUGAAGGAGGGCCGUGUUACAAGCUCUACACUAAAACAUUUUAUGAACUUACUGUUAAGCCCAGGCUUAACAAGGGUGGCAUUUUUGUCACUCAGGCUGGACCAGCUGGAGUUUUCAGCCAUGCCGAGGUUUUCUCUUGCAUAUACAACACUUUAAGACAGGUUUUCAAGUAUGUUGUACCUUAUUCUGCUCAUAUUCCCUCCUAUGCUGAUAUCUGGGGAUGGGUCAUGGCAUCAGAUACGCCAUUUGUUCUGGGAGCUGAUGAUUUGGACCUGAGGAUGAAACAUAGAAUUAAAGGAGAAAAUAGAUAUCUUGAUGGAAAAACAUUCACAUCUGCCUCAACCUUCUGCAAAGCUGUUCGGAAAUCAUUGGACAAUGAGACCCAUGUUUACACCGAAGGAACAGCUAGGUUCAUAUACGGGCACGGCCAUGGCCAUAAUUCUGCAACUAAGCAUAACUAAACUCGAUCAGGACUUGAUGUGAUUGGCUACUAUGAACACUACAGAGGAGCAUAAGAACAUGGAAGAGUGACACCGAAGAAAGCAUUUUCAAAACAAUUAAUACGGUUGUCUUCAUUAAGCAUUGUCCUACUCUUUGUUUUAUCUUAACUUUGUUUAUUCUAUCAUUUGCUAAUGUAAUCAGGUUUCAAAAGGAAUGAUAAUAUUAAAAAGUAUUGUACCCUUUG